AUGGGUUACGAAGACUCCGUCUACCUCGCCAAGCUUGCUGAGCAGGCUGAGCGUUACGAAGAAAUGGUGGAGAACAUGAAGUCCGUUGCCUCUGAGGACCAAGAACUCUCCGUCGAAGAGCGCAAUCUCCUGUCCGUCGCCUACAAGAAUGUCAUUGGUGCUCGCCGUGCCUCGUGGAGAAUCGUUACCUCGAUCGAGCAAAAGGAGGAGUCCAAGGGCAACUCUACCCAAGUCACCCUCAUUAAGGAGUACCGUCAAAAGAUCGAGGCUGAGCUCGCCAAGAUCUGUGAGGAUAUUCUCGAGGUUCUGGACAAGCACUUGAUUCCUUCUGCUAAGAGCGGAGAGUCCAAGGUCUUCUACCACAAGAUGAAGGGAGAUUACCACCGAUACCUCGCUGAGUUUGCCAUUGGUGACAAGCGUAAGGAGUCUGCCGACAAGUCUCUUGAGGCUUACAAGAACGCCACCGAGGUUGCUCAGACCGAUCUUGCCCCAACACACCCAAUCCGCCUCGGUCUUGCCCUCAACUUCUCUGUCUUCUACUACGAGAUCUUGAACUCCCCCGAUCAAGCUUGCCACCUUGCCAAGCAAGCCUUUGAUGAUGCCAUUGCUGAACUUGACACCCUCAGCGAAGAGAGCUACAAAGACUCCACCUUGAUCAUGCAACUCCUCAGAGAUAACUUGACCCUUUGGACUUCAUCCGAGGCCGAGCCAACCGCUACCGAGACCGCUGCCGCACCUGCCGCCGAGUCAAGUGAGGCUGCACCAACGGAGCCCAAGGCUGAUGCUGAGUAG